UCAACUUAAUCUAGUUGCAUGCAUAUUAAUAUUCGUUUUUACAUGUUUACCGACCGAACCAAACAAAAACUAAGGAAAAAACUGCCAUAUAAAACUAACGCCGAACAUUUUUCCCAUAAUUUUACAAAAAAAAAAUAAAAAAUGAAAAUUUUCAUUUGGAGGGUCUUUCUUAGCUUUUGGUUCGUUGCUUUCUAUCUCCUCUCAGCAGGAAGUCCCAUGUGAUCCUCCAGAAAUUUGAUUGUACCGAGGUUGAGAGAGAUUUGGUGUAUACCGACUUAUAAUUGCUUUGAUAUAUUCUGAUUGCAUCUUAAGCAUUUCUCAUCAAAACUACAUUGAGUAUUUUCCUCAUUGAAAUUGGGCAUCUUUCUUCAUCUCCAAUAAUCAACAGAUGAGGAGGGGAGGGAGGAUUGGCUCAAGGUGCAGUGGUACUGUUAACCGACAUGUCCGUGUGAAAAGUAUGGAAUCUGAGGAUUCUGAUGAGGACUAUGUGGCUGAAGUUGAUGAAGUAGAAGAUCAAUCUGAUGAAUUAGACUCCUUAGUUGGAGACGCUUCUGAGGAAGAGAGUUGCUUUGAGGCGGAGCUGGAAGCAGAGGAGGAGGAUGAAGAGGAUGAGAAAAAUGAGGGAGGGUGGAGAAGAGUGGUAAAGCCAAGGACUAAGAAGGGAUCUGCAAGGAAUAGGAAAAAUGGUAUAAAAAGAUCAAAUAAGAGGAAGAGAGUUGUAAAAUCUGACGAUGAAGAAGACUCUGAUUAUGACGAUGAGGAGUUUACACCAGAGGAGGAGUAUUUGGAGGAUGAGGAAGAGGAUGAGGACUUUUUGAUGCAGAAGACGAACACUAGGAAAAGAGGGAGGGCCACAUCUAAAACAAGAACUUCUGUGAAAAGCCGGAAAAAAAGAAAUACAAAGCCUGUGAGGAAACCUCGUACAAAGAAACGUACAAAGACUAGAAGUUUAAGGAGGAGGACAAAAUCUGAUGGUGAUGAGGAAUUUACUGAGAAGGGUCCUACUCUGAGAGGUAGGACCCUGAGGAAUUCUGUGCGUGGAAAGAAUAGGGUGACAAAUGGAACAGAUUCUGAUUUCUGUUCUGACUCAUCUGGUUACGAGUUCACUAUAUCUGAGGAAGAGCGAGAACAAAUCAGAGAAGCUAACAGGAUUUGUGGAAGCCUGGCUCCGACCUUGAGGAGUUCAAGGAGAGUCCAAGAAGAUGAAGUUUUUCAUGAACCGAAAAAAACUUCUGCCAGGAAGGGCAAAGAGAAAGCAGAAUUGAAAAAGACUGAUGUGGGUAAACCUGUUUGUGGUAUUUGUUUAACAGAAGAAGGAAAGAAUACUGUCCGUGGGACAUUAAACUGUUGUAGCCACCAUUUCUGUUUUGCUUGCAUUUUCGAGUGGUCAAAAGUGGAAACACGUUGCCCACUGUGCAAACAGAGGUUUGUCUCAAUUAGUAAGCCUGGGAGAUGUGGUAAAGCAUUUGAUCUAAGGGAUACGGUGAUAUCAGUUCCAGAGUGUGAUCAGGUCUAUCAACCAUCUGAAGAGGAGCUUCGAGACUUUCUCAAUCCCUAUGAAAAUGUCAUUUGCACGGAAUGUGAUCAGGGUGGGGAUGAUGCCCUUAUGCUACUUUGUGAUCUAUGUGAUUCACCAGCGCACACAUACUGUGUUGGUCUUGGGCGGGAAGUUCCUGAAGGCAAUUGGUAUUGUGAUGGUUGCAAACCAGCUGCCCUUGGGUCCUCACAUUCUCAAACUCAGGAUCUCAUUCCUGAUCAGAGGACAAAUACUGGUGUUUCUGAUGGAGCAUCUACGUAUGAGAACAUGGCAGAAAUAGACCUUAACGUGACAAUACCAGAAAUGCCAGUUAGUCAAGGAAAUGGAUUCCUUUCUUCUCCAAGAUUUUCAGGUGGAAAUUUUCAGGCACCUUCUCCUGCCUCUGGGAUGGGUGUAUCGACUGUAUCAGGAAGACGACUGAUUCACCGUCAAAUUCGAAAUAUUCUUACCAAUAGGUUGAGCCAAGUACCCCCUGGGACUGAUAUAGGUGCUUUUGGCAAUCUAAUUGGCCGGGGGGUCAAUUCAACACAGCAACAGAGUAGAACAACAGAUGUAGGGCCCUCUUAUCAAUCUCCAUAUGUAGAUAGAUUGCAGGAAAGACUUUCUAAUAGUGUACAAAAUAGGGAACCAUUUCCUGGAAGGCUGGGCCACAUGGUAAGACAGAUGGGUCAGCCCUCAACCUCUGCAAAUGGCACAGAUCAAGGUCAGGUACAUUGGACCGGGCUAGAGCCGCUAGACAGCUUGAAUUUGGGUGAAGGUCAGAGUCUGAUGUCAGCUGGUGAACAACUUCGCCCUAUUAAUGGUAGAACAAGCAUUGGGCCUGAAAUUGGUGCCCCUCCCUCACACAACAGGUAUGAGGAACAUGCAACUUUAGUGAAACAACAAGUACAUUCAAUAGUGAGGAGCCAGCUGAAGAGCUUGUCUCAAGACAUGAACUUAGGUAACGAUGAUUAUGUAGAAAUUUCGAGGAGAUCUGCACACACCAUUAUGGCGGCAUGUGGGCUAGAACCUCGAAGGCAUGACACAUAUGAAGCACAACCUCCAAUUUGUGUCCAUCUUGUAAGCAGGUUGGCCAAUGUAGAGAUAAGUCCUAUCAAUGGUUGUUGCUUGAAUUGUUUUGAGGGUUUCGUGAAAGAUGUUGUGAAAAGGAUCAUGGACAUACUACUGCAACCUCAUUGGUUUGGUUUCAGACAUUGAUCAUUAGAUACUUGGAACAUUUUUGAAGAACAUAUUCUUACUCCGGCCAAUGUUUUUCUUUUUUAGCUUAGGAUGCUCAUUUUCUUGUCUAUGUUUGUAGGAACAAUUGUGACUGAUUACAUCAAGAAUUUUCCUACUGCUGUGGACACUCUCAUAUGGGAAGGGUCCAGAAGCACCAUUCCUGUUUUCCUAACUGUUCAUAACUAACUUGAACUAUUAUGGCUUCAGUCUAUCGUCUGUUUUUUUAGCAUCUUAGGUGGCAAGGAUAAAGGCGAUGUUGCUUCAGGCUUUAGUUCUGUAUUGCAGAAUUUGCUGCAUUUCUUCAUGUAAGCCCUAUCUUAGUGAAUCAAACUUGUUCGCUAGUGAUUAUUAAUGAAUGAACAAAGUGCUUCA